AUGCCCGCUGGCUCGCCAGCUGUGCAGAAUGGCAAUGAACCGCAAGGAAACGACGACCCUGGCGAUAUGCUGCGUCCUGGUGUCGAAGAGGAAGACAAUUCAGGAACGCCACCAAUCGCAGAGCCAGAGGCGGACAUGGAAAUGCGCGAGGCCGACGAUGCGCCCGAUGGCGACCUUGAAUCAGACUUGGAGGAGCUGGAUGAGGAGCAGUUCGACGACUUUGAUCCCUCGGCUCUCAACAUUCCAGACAAGCCAUUGAUGGUGGACGAGACGAACAAGAAACGCGACAGGCCGUCGAAGCGAAGCAAGAAAAGCGCGGAUGAUGAAGACGAUUUCGAAGGCGGAGUCGAAAUGGACGGCAAGCGUGCACGAAACACAGGAGAAGGUCGUCCGGGCAAGGCUGCGAAGAGGGCCAGGACACCGGAGGACGAGGAAAACCUCAGCCCAGAAGAGCGCCGCCGCCGUGCAUUGGACCGCAAGAUGGACGAGGCUCUUAAGUCCCACACACGUGUCUCGCGCCGCAAACAAGGGCAGGACAUGGAGGAGCGCGCUGAUCAGGAGCUUGGUCAGAUGCGUGAGCGAAUUGGAAAAGCGUGUGAAGCAGACGCCAAAGCUCGCGAGGCCGGAGGCAUGGCCACACAAAAGCUCAAGAUCCUGCCCGACCUCGUCGAGCUCCUCAAUCGCAACACAAUCCAAGCGCAGCUCGUCGACCCCGAUGUCAACAUUCUGGAAGGAGUGCGCUGGAUGCUUGAACCCGCCGAUCAAGAUGCCGCUCUACCCAACUAUAAGAUCCAGCGCGAACUCUUCAACAUUCUUAGCCGUCUCAAUAUCGGCAAAGAAGCUUUGAAAGCUUCGCAGAUCGGCAAAGUCGUUCUCUUCUACACCAAAUCAACACAACCUCAGCCCGCGAUCAAGCAAAUGGCGCAGCGAUUAGUUGGAGAAUGGAUGCGCAUCAUCCUCAACAAGACUAAGGAUCAUCGCAACGUCAACAUUGAGACCAGGGAGUACGAUCCGGUGCUCGCAGAGCAGAGCCAGAGGGCAGCGGGUACACAGAUCGACCGCUCAGCUAUUGCUGCCGAGAAGCGUCGCAAGAUUUUGGCCGCACCUGGUCCGACCAACCGCGCCAGAGUCGAGGGUGGCCUAGGCACGUACACCAUCGCGCCGGUCAGCAACCUCAGCAAUGCUCAAGGUGUCAGCUCGCGUACACUUGGUUCAAGUGGAGCUGACGCUUUCCGCAAGAUUGCGGCCAGAAGUCAGGGCGGCAAGGGCGGCAGGAGAUAA